UUUUGUUCAAACCUUUACUUUUCUUUCACAAUUCGAAGACUCGAAAUCUCGGCCUCCAACAAAAUUCAAAAUUGUAAAAAUUCGUAGUCUUUGAUCAUCAUACAAUCAUGUCCAAGGGUACGGGACCGCUGUCAAAAUUGUAUAAUGUCAUCAUACACAGCGUAGACAAGAUUGUGCCCAAAGGAGCUCAGCCGUUCUGGCAGUCCCCGGCAGGGCCGCGCACUGUUUUCUUUUGGGCCCCGCUCUUCAAGUGGGGAUUAGUAGCGGCCGGGUUAGGCGACACACUGAAUCGCCCGGCUCAGAAUAUUUCGCUAAAUCAAUCCGGCUCCCUGGCGGUAACUGGGUUGCUCUGGUCCCGCUACUCGGUGGUUAUUAUACCCAAAAACUACAGCCUGCUGGCUGUCAAUGUGGCUGUAUUUUUCAUCCAGUCGUUUUUGGUAAUAAAACAUCUUAGGUGGCGCAACGACAAGGCCAAGAAUACGGUUUUCAAGCACCCGUACUAUCCCCUUUGGUCGGAUGAUGAUUGGUGAUCUGUAAAGCCACAAAACUGAUGAUAAAUAAAACAAAAGACACUUUUGGUUUGCCGCUCUGGA